AUGGGAGUUGGUUUUGUAUGCUUCGAAACUGGAAAACUUUCAAGCUUAAACAAAAGUUUAAAUUUAUUAAAAAUUCAUUUUAUGUUUCAUUUGGAAGUGAAUUCUUCUCACAAUAAAUUAUUCAUUUCUGUUUAUAAAUUCAUUCAAUUUGAUGCAGAAUUUCCAAUAAAACGUGGGAAAAUCUAA